GAGGCAGAAGACCCCCUGGCCGGGCCCGGGCCGCAUCUUCGUCCUCCCCCCGGCCCGCGCGAGCCCGAGGACACGCCGCCAGCAUGGGGCAGGAAGAGGAGCUGCUGAGAAUCGCCAAGAAACUGGAUAAAAUGGUGUCCAGGAAGAACACGGAAGGAGCCCUGGAUCUCCUGAAGAAACUGAAUGGCUACAAGAUGUCAAUACAGUUACUACAGACCACCAGGAUUGGGAUUGCCGUCAAUGGGGUCCGUAAGCACUGCGUGGAUAAGGAGGUAGUGGCAUUGGCCAAAGUUCUCAUCAGGAACUGGAAACGUCUUCUGGAUGCCCCUGAGACCCCCAAAAAGGAGAAAUCGAUGGAAAGAGAAAAAGGGAAGAAGAAAGAGCAAGAUGUUGACCUUUCUGACUGGAAACCACUGGGGGCUUUUUCCCCACAGAGCAAAAGCCCAAGGGAAGACCCCAAGGACAGGAGAGACUCUUCCGAGUCUGGGUCCUCCUCCACCGUCUCCUCCUCGUCUUUCUCUUCCUCCUCCUCAUCUCCUCAGAAGAGGCCAGUGGAAAGAUCUAACAGCAGCAAAGGGAAAGUGGAGACCCCAAAGACACCCACCAGCCCCUCUUCUCCUACAUUUUCUCCAUCCGUCUGUUUCUUGGCCCCCUGCUACCUCACAGGAGACUCAGUCCGGGACAAGUGCGUUGAGAUGCUGUCCGCAGCCCUGAAGAUGGAUGGUGAUUACAAAGAAUAUGGAGUCAACUGCGAUAAGAUGGCAUCAGAAAUCGAAGAUCAUAUAUAUCAAGAACUGAAGGGUACAGACAUGAAAUACCGGAAUAGGGUGCGCAGCCGAAUCAGUAACCUCAAGGACCCCAGGAACCCCAACUUGAGGCGGAACGUGCUUUGCGGGGCCAUUUCCACCAGCCUCAUUGCCAAGAUGACGGCUGAGGAAAUGGCGAGUGAUGAGCUGAAGGAGCUGAGGAAUGCCAUGACUCUGGAGGCCAUUCGGGAGCACCAGAUGGCUAAGACCGGGGGCACCACAACUGACCUCUUCCAGUGCAAUAAGUGUAAAAAGAAGAAUUGUACCUACAACCAGGUGCAGACUCGAAGUGCUGAUGAACCCAUGACCACUUUCGUCUUAUGCAAUGAGUGUGGCAACCGCUGGAAGUUCUGCUGAGUGGUUGCCGGCCGGGCCUGUGGUAGAUACAUCAAAGAAACCUGAAGAAGAAACCACAUGGCCCACCUACCUGGAGCAUGGAGAGCAAUGCUCAGAUGCGAAAGGGAGUUUGGGUGCUGCCAGCUGACCCUCCUCAGAAGACGUAGCCAGCUUUGACCUCUGGCCUCAGAGCUUUCCCUAGUGGGAGAGAGGGGGCACUUUUACAGGGAAAGUCCAAAUCGGAUGAGCUCUGACCUGUGGUUGUGCCUCCCCAAAUCCUGCAGUAAAGUGGAAAUAUGAGCUUACUUGAGGAUUCACAUAGAAUGCCAAAACUGCCAGAGGAAUUAGAAUCUAGACUGUCAGAAAUCGAGGCAUUUUAGGACAUAGACUAUGCAAGCUGUGAGGGAUUUUUGAGACCAUCUGGUCCACCCUCCUCAUUUUAUAGAGGGGAAACUGAGGCCCAGAGAGGAGAAAUCACUUGCCCUAGGUGGCAGAGAAAGCUAGUGUCAGAAAGAGAACUAGACACUGGCACCCCACAUCAGGGCUCUUCCCCCUGCCCCAUCCUUCUCCUUGGGAUCGAUUGUGCGAACACAAGGACAUCGAGUCCUUCCUCAGUGAUUAGUUCUCAAGUUUUUCUCCACGAAAAAUAUGAGGCUGACAAAAGCGACAUCCCUGUCUGUCCCAUCACUUCCUUCAUCUAGCAACCAGUAUGUCAUUUGGUCUAAAAUUAGGUCUGAUAUAGUACAAUAGAAACAACACAAUCUUUGCAUUCAGGGAUUGUGGUGAUGAGUAGUUUUCAGUCCUAUCCGACUCUUCUUUGACCUCAUUUGGGAUUUCUUGGCACAGGUACUGGAGCGAUUUGCCAUUUCCUUCUCCAGCUCAUUUUACA